CUCCCAGUUAUCAACAUUAGUAGUCUCUCAUCUCUCUUUAGCUAUCAUAUCCCCAAACUCUUCACCCACACCAACCACAAAACAAAAGAAAGAAAAUGGCAACCACAGCUGCUCUCUCUGGCACCAUGGUUAGCACUUCCUUCCUUCGCCGGCAGCCGGUGACAAGUCUACGGUCACUUCCUAGCGUUGGCCAGGCUCUUUUCGGCAUAAAGGCUGGGCGUGGAGGGCGCAUAACAGCCAUGGCUAUUCACAAGGUCAAGCUCCUUACACCUGAAGGGCCAGUAGAGUUUGAUUGCCCGGAUGAUGUCUACAUCCUGGACCAGGCUGAGGAGAUUGGUAUUGAGCUCCCUUACUCAUGCAGAGCAGGUUCUUGCUCUUCAUGUGCAGGGAAAGUUGUGGAAGGAUCUCUGGACCAGUCUGAUGGUAGCUUCCUUGAUGAUGACCAGCUUGAAGAGGGGUGGGUUCUUACUUGUGUUGCUUAUCCUCAGGGUAAUGUUGUCAUUGAGACCCACAAGGAGGAGGAGCUUACUGCUUAAGAAAUGUGAUUUCAUCUUCACUUUGUUGUUGUUGCUCUCUCUCCCUCUGUCACUUCAUGAAUGUUUUGUUGGUUGGUUUGGUGUUUUAGUCUUGUUCCAGGGACAUGGUGUUUUAUGCUUUAAAUGAGCGACUUUUUCUGUUUUUGUUUCCUUCAUUUGUAGUCUCAAAUGGACUGUAGUAGCUUAAUAAUCUUCCAAUGGUUUUGCUUAUCA